AUGGCUGAAGUUGCGGCAAUCAUUAAUCUUGUCAACAAGUUUGCGCUAUCCUACUCACUUGAAGGAGGAGAGAAAUCAGUGAAGACGCUCUUGGCUUUGUUUACGGAAGACGCGACGUUCUUUGAGGAGCUCGUGGGUGGCGUCUGCUCAGGCAAGAGCGAGAUCGAGACGGCACUGCAGGAGCUCACACAACUUAAAUUUCUAUCGGAUACGCGUCAUCUUCCAAGUGGUCAUGUUGUUGAACUCGCAGAUGCCGAGAAUGCUACGGUCACGUCGCAUUCAACAGUUUUCUGGAAGUGUACGCCCGUGAUGAUUGUCACAUGGUCCGAUGUUGUUGUAAAACAAGAUGGUCAAUGGAAAUUUCAAAAACGGGCGGCCGAGGCUGUGCAGAAGAAUCUCGAGAUGAUUGGGGAGAUGCAAUUGCGUGGCAAGAAGCAGUAUGCUCACAAGGACGAAGCCUAA